AUGCGUCUCGGUGGUGAUGGUGGUGGUCCAGAAGCACAAAAGUGGAAAGAGUUCCACACUACCAUCGACCUGCUUCGUGAAGUUCGAGUUCCUCGAUUUGCUUCCAUCAUUGGUGCUGUCAGCAUCGAGCUUCAUUUCUUCGCUGAUGCGUCAAGCAAGGCCUACGGAACGUGUCGCUAUGUUCGUGCCCAAUCUAUCCAAGAAGUAUCCGUGAAACUGCUGGUCUCCAAGUCCAAGGUUUCGCCCCAUGCAGCACGCCAUACGAUAGCCCGACUGGAGUUAUGCGCAGCUCAUCUUUCCACGCAGCUGUACAAGAAAGUCGCUUCGUCCUUGCAAACGGUUCCACCUGCUUUCUUCUGGUCGGACUCGACCACCGUGAUACAGUGGCUCCGAUCAUCACCUGGACGUUGGAAAACGUUUGUAGCCAACCGUGUGAGCCAAAUCCAAGCUGCUACUCCAGUCGAUAAGUGGAAUCACGUAGCUGGUUCCGACAAUCCCGCUGACGACAUCUCCAGAGGAUUGGAUCCAACCGAACUUCUCCACAAGGCAAGGUGGUGGAAUGGUCCAUCCUGGUUAAAGGUUCCACCUGAGCUUUGGCCUGCAGGAGCGCUUCCUACGAAAGAAACAGCAGAAGUAUCCCAAGAAUGCCGCAAGAUUCCCAUCGUAGCGAUGACAGCCAUCCAAAGCACAUUCCACGAAGAUUUGUUCUCCAAAUACUCCAGCUUUUCCAAGCUUCGAAGUACGGUCGCAUGGUGGUUGCGAUUUCUGUCAACUGAGUCAUGCCAGCCACUCAACUCCGACGAACUCCACUCGGCUGACCGAGUCCUUUGUCGACUAGCGCAGCUGGAUAACUUCCAAGAAGAGCGGAACGAUCUUGUCACUCGUACAAACGUAACAAAAUCGAGUUCGUUGAAGUGGUUGAAGCCCUACGUUGAUGAAUUCGGAUUGAUCCGCGUUGGAGGACGCCUCGACAAUGCCGAACUACCUGAGUCUACCAAGCACCCUAUCAUCCUAAGCGCCAAACAUCCGUUAGCCAGCAUGCUCGCUGUGCACUGUCACAAAACCUUGCUUCACGCUGGCCCGCAAUUGAUGUUGGCUACCCUCCGCCAGAAAUUUUGGAUUAUGGGCGGACGAAACCUCGUCAGACGCACGUACCAUCAAUGCAUCACUUGCUUCCGUAGCAAGCCGAAAUUGAUUCAGCAAACUGUAGCAGAUCUACCAGCAUCCCGUGUCACUCCGACGCGUCCUUUUUCCGUCUGUGGCGUAGACUACUGUGGGCCAUUCUAUGUCAAGUCGGCAGUCCGGAAGCGGGGUCCAACGAAGGUGUAUGUGGCAAUUUUCAUCUGCUUUUCCACACGAUCCGUCCACAUUGAGCUUGUGAGCGAUCUUACGUCUGCCGCAUUCGUCGCCACACUGCGUCGCUUAAUAGCUCGAAGGGGGAAGAUUACCGAGCUGCACUCCGAUAACGCCACGACCUUCAAAGGAGCUUCACACGCCUUGCAUCGAGUGUACCAAAUGCUGAAGCAGGACGCCACUGACCGAAAUCAUAUCUUUUCCUGGUGCGCAAACCACGAGAUCCGGUGGAAGUUCAUUCCGCCACGUGCACCUCAUUUUGGAGGCAUCUGGGAGGCUGCGGUGAAGUCCGCGAAGACCCACCUCCUCAAGGAAAUUGGCAAUACGAAUCUUGCCUACGAGGACAUGCUCACCUUACUAGCGCAGGUUGAGAUGUGCCUCAAUUCGCGACCAUUAACGCCCCUGUCCUCAGAACCAUCGGACCUGGAAGCCCUGACACCCGGUCACUUCCUGGUAGGUUCCAACCUCCAAUCCGUUCCCGAAGCAACAUUGGUCAACAUUCCCGAAAACCGGCUCAACCAUUGGGAACAAACUCAGCGCCACCUCCAACGAAUCUGGACACGUUGGUACCCGGAAUACCUCCAGCAGCUGCAAUCCAGGGCUGUUCAAGGCUGCAAAUCACCUAGCAAAAUCGAGAUCGGACGGCUUGCCGUGAUCAAGGACGAUUGCCUACCACCCGCUCAAUGGCCCCUCGGCAAAAUUGUGAAGGUCCAUCCUGGGAAAGACGGGAUCGUUAGAGUGGUCACGCUGAAGACUGCCUCCUCGGACAACGUCGUGCGACCCGUCGCGCGGAUUGCUUUGCUACCAAUACCCAACAAUCAGUCCGAUGCAGCAGUCGGAGACCAUUAG